AUGGCCGAAGGAGACGGCAACAUCAAAGUGGUGGUGCGAUGUAGACCCCUCAAUUCUCGCGAGCUCGCACGAGGCGCCAAACCACUCAUCCGGAUGCAAGGCAGUCAGACUUUCCUAGACCCACCGGAACAUGGCUCGCAGCAAGAUUCAAAACGCGCCACGGAGCGCAAGACGAUGGCGUUUAGCUUUGACAAGAGUUAUUGGUCUGCGGGACCACGAGAUGAACCGGGGUACUGCUCGCAGGAGACCUUGUAUGACGACCUGGGAAAGGAGUUGUUGGACCAUGGGUUUGCGGGAUUUAAUGCUUGUAUUUUGGCUUAUGGGCAGACUGGUAUGUUUGGGUUUUAUUCUGUGACUAGACCACCACUAGAUGGACCCGAUAAAGGAAUUAUACCCUUGACAUGUUCGGAGUUGUUUGUACGUGUAGAAGACAAGAGGGCUGCAGACCCCAACAUCAGUUUCACCGUGGAGGUGUCAUACAUUGAAAUUUAUAACGAGAAGGUGCGCGACCUCUUGAAUCCAAAGAACACAGGAAAUCUUCGAGUGCGCGAACAUCCUAGCUUGGGUCCGUAUGUAGAGGAUCUAUCAAAGCUAGUCGUGAGUAGCUACCACGAGAUGAUGACCCUCAUGGACGAGGGUAACAAAGCACGUACGGUCGCUGCCACGAACAUGAACGAGACGUCCUCCCGGUCUCACGCAGUAUUUACGCUGUUGUUGACUAUGAAGAAGCAUGAUGUGGGCACAAAUUUAGAUACGGAGAAAGUGUCGCGAAUUAGCUUGGUUGACUUGGCAGGUUCUGAGCGGGCUAAUUCGACUGGCGCCACUGGACAGCGUUUGAAGGAGGGAGCGAAUAUUAAUAAAUCGCUCACUACUCUUGGGAAAGUUAUUUCUUCUCUUGCACUUGCCAGUCAGGAUGGGGGAAAGAAGGGGAAGAAGGGGAAGGCAGAGGAAUUUAUACCAUACCGUGACUCGGUCUUGACAUGGUUGCUGAAAGAUAGUUUGGGCGGGAACUCUAAGACUGCUAUGAUAGCUGCCAUCUCUCCUGCGGAUUAUGAGGAGACGCUGAGUACGCUGCGAUACGCUGACCAAGCGAAGAAGAUCAAGAACAAGGCUGUUGUAAAUGAAGACCCUAAUGCCAAGCUCGUUCGCGAGCUCAAGGAGGAGCUCGAAUUACUGAGAGCACGUGUGGCGACGUCCAGCGGAGAGGAUACAUUCGACCCGCUCGUUCCGCCCGAGAAACAAAAAGUCACGUACCAGACGAAGGAUGGGAAGAUCAAGACUGUCACCAAAGCCGAGUUGCAGGAGCAGAUGGAGACGAGCGAGAAAUUGAUGCAGGGUUUGAAUGAGACGUGGGAGCAGAAGAUGGCGCGGACGCAGGAGGUACAAAAAGAGCGGGAGAAGGCGCUUGAAGAGCUUGGUAUCACGGUUGAGAAGAAUUUGGUUGGGGUGCAUACCCCGAAGAAGAUGCCACAUUUAGUGAACUUGGUCAAUCCUCUCAUGAGCGAAUGCUUGAUAUACCAACUCAAGCCUGGCACAACCAUCGUCGGUCGUUUGGACAGCGAAAAGCCUGCCGCCAUUCGACUAAGCGGUGAAAAUAUUCUCGAGGAACAUUGCUACUUUGAAAACACGGACGGCAAAGUGACUCUCCACGCUAUGCCAGACAGCGUCACUUUCUUGAACGGCAAGCAAGUUGCUCCAGGACAGUCGUAUAAACUGCGUUCUGGAUACCGGAUCAUCCUAGGGGAGCACCAUGUCUUCAGGUUUAAUAACCCCGAGGAAGUCCGCAAACAGCGAGAUCGAGCCACAGCGAGAUCCAAUAUGUACUUGAGUGUCUCUGCUGCCGAUCUAGAAGGUGAUUCAGUGCCACCGUCCACACGCCCGGAGUCACGAGCAUCUUCUGCGGACGAAGCCGAUGUGGACUGGAAUUUUGCACGUCGAGAAGCUGCACUCGCCCGUCUUGGCUUGGAUCCCGCUCUUGAUAACUUACCCGACGAAGAUAUCAACAGACUCUUUGAACGCAUUACGAAGGUGAAGUCGAUGCGAGAUCACAACUCUAAACCACGACCAGAAAGUAGCAUGAGCGUUCGAGACGAUAUCUGGAGCGAGUCGGGUCGACCGUUUUCGAGCGACGCUACUACUACAGACGACACAAGCGUUGAAGCGGGAGCGAGUCAUAGCACACCUGACGUUGACGGGCCUCUGAAGGAUGUCCAGUACCAACUUGAGUCCCGUCUUCAAGCCAUUACAGAGUCCAGCGAGGCGGAAGAUUUGAAAGUGGAGAAGGAUCAUAUGGAGCACCAGCUGAAAAUGGUCCAGCAGCAGCUUAAGCGCCUGAUAAAUGCACGGGCCCGUGGUGAAUCUGAGGAGGAGGUUGUUCGUUUCGAGCCCGUCAUUUAUACAGCGAAGCAGCUAAGGCUCAUUCGCAAAGUCCUGGACAAAUGGAGAGCCCAUCGUUCAUUUUCGAUGGCAGAAGCUGUCCUGUCCAAUGCCGUGCUUGUUAAAGAAGCCAACGUAAUCAGCAAAGAGUUGGGAAAGGAUGUCUCUUACAACUUCACCAUUGCUUCUGGCGGGUCUCUGGCUGCCCCGAUAUCUGGUGUCGACACGAUCGGGGGUUUGGACGGUUUUGGUGACGUUGCGGACCCAACCCUGGCCUCGGCAACUCAACCUUCCGUCGCAAUCAAGGUUCUCGACAAACGGCAUAAUGCCAUCUAUACCUGGUCCUUGGACCGCCUCCAGCAACGAGUCAAACGGAUGAGAAACUUGACUACAUACAUCGACAGACCCUCGUAUACCCAACACUUCAGCUCGGAUGAACCUUUUUACGAUUCCCCUCCCCCACAAUUCUCAUUCAUUGGCAAUGCGCUUCUAUCUCUUGCACCCCUAUCUCGCCGAUUAUCAUCCACAUCAGUUGUGCCAAUAUUCUGCCGGUAUACCGCGGAGGCAAUAGGGUCGUGUCGCGUGGACAUCAAGAUUUCCAGUGUUCUGCAAGCGUCGAAGCAUGGUACCCCUGCAUCAACCCGCCCUACUUCCCCCGCAUCAUCAGCCAUACCACCGGGAAGCAAGAUCAGCUUCUUCCUAACCCUAGAUUCGAUCAAAGGGUUGUCCUCACACGACUUCUCAGCGCUACACCUCCAGCUGCGUCUGUCUUCUUUCGUGGGACCCUCGCUCACGAACGAAGAGAUCUUCUCAUCCACUGCACUCGAUAUGGAGACAUCUUCUCUGUCGGAGCUUAAGUUUCGACGCACGUUCUCGAUCGUAACUUCUUCCAAGGUGAUCACAUAUUUGCGCGAAGGCUAUGCUCCCAUAGAAUUCUUUGCGGCUGCUAAACCCACAUAUUUGGAGCGCCUUGAACGCUGGGAUGAGAUGCGCGAACUUAGGGUUCAUGACCGGCCAGGUCCUCACGAGGCACACGCAGAAACUCCCCCAGUCAUCCUUCCACAGAUGCGCCGCUCGGAGACAGACUUUGUGGUUGAGCAAGCCCAUGACGUAGUCGCUUGGGUCCAGAUAAAGGAGCUCGGGGCUGACGGUCAGUAUAUUCCAGUCCCCGUGCUUUCUCAAGGCAGCCUCGAUCCGGGGGUAUUCUCUCUGCACCAGGGGCUGCAGCGCAGAAUUGCCCUCGUGCUUUCAUCGGAUUCAGGGUCUCAACUCCCAUGGACGGAUGUAACAAGAAUACGUCUGGGAAAUGUACGCCUCCUCGAUCCGAAAGGUCGCCUGCACGACUCGACAUCGAAAGCAUUGGUUACGCUCCCGCUACUGGCAGAUCAAAGUGUUGCAUUCAAACCGGAUGGAACAGGAACCCUUACUGCAGAAGCGCUUUGGGACUCAAGUGUUCAUGAUUCUUUCCUGCUCAAUCGAGUCACGGCGGGUUCUCACCGAGUGGUCCUGCAAAUCGCUUGGUCCGUUGCUGUGGACACGUGCAACGAACCAGUGCAGUUUAGCAUGGAUAUAGCGGUGGCCAUUCAGACACGGGACGCACGCCCGCCGAGGCGAUUCCUAACGUUCCUGAGCUCGGGGAAGAUAACCUCCCGAAUCAGCACAAUUUUCAACCUGCGUUUGUCACCUCCUCUGACACGUUCACCCCAGGACCUGUGGCGCUUGGAUACGUCGGAAAAAUAUGUGCGUGGCGAGGAGUUGCUCAGCACGUGGAAACCGCGCGGCAUCUCAGUCGUGGAGGACUACAACCGACUCGUUCUGACGGAACGACGAGCGGCAGAUGUUCAAGCAGUUCGCGUGUUGUCGGCUUCUUCAUCUUUACCUGUGCGCUCUGAUCCGGGAGCUGCUGUUUGGGGUUCCGAAGCACUGCUGCGGAAGGCACUGGGUCUUUGGCAAAAACGCUUUGGCCAUGCAGGCGAAAUUAUUCUGAGUCAGGUGCCUACAGAGACCGACUGUGCUGCUGCAUCUGGGAAGCCUUCCACCCGUGUGCUUCCAGAAGGCGUGAAGCUGAACUCGUGCACUACGCUAGUGCCCCGCAGGCAAGCUCCUGAUUACUCAAGUCAUCUCCUAAUUCUGACAGACGCCAGUCAAAAUAUUUGGGAAAAGCGUUGGUUCGUCCUUCGAAGACCCUAUUUACAUAUUUAUACACACUCCAACGAACUAGAGGAAGCGGGUGUCAUCAGCCUUCAUGGAGCGAACCUUGAAUGUGAUGCACAGAAGGAGCUGCUUUUGGGUAAACAAUUCUGUUUUACGCUCUUUACUACUGCGAACUCGCACGCACUCGCCGCACCUUCGUUUAAGGAGUUACAGUCAUGGACUUCAAAGCUUGACCCUACUGGCACCAUCUAA